CGCGGCCGCAGCCGUUAGCGCGGAGCCGCCAUGGCCGAGUACCUCCUCAGCGGCGGCACCGGCUACGUGCCCGACGACGGGCUGACGGCGCAGCAGCUCCUCAACUGCGGGGACGGGCUGACCUACAAUGACUUCCUUAUUCUUCCCGGCUAUAUUGACUUCACUGCAGACCAAGUGGACCUGACUUCAGCUUUGACCAAAAAGAUAACCUUAAAGACUCCCUUGGUUUCCUCUCCCAUGGACACAGUGACAGAGGCCAGCAUGGCCAUUGCAAUGGCGCUCACAGGUGGGAUUGGAUUCAUCCAUCAUAACUGCACACCGGAAUUCCAGGCCAAUGAAGUACGGAAAGUUAAGAAAUAUGAACAGGGAUUUAUCACGGACCCAGUGGUGCUGAGCCCCAAGGACAGAGUGAGAGAUGUGUUUGAAGCAAAAGCCCGUCACGGAUUCUGUGGCAUUCCUAUCACAGACAAUGGAAAGAUGGGGAGUAAGCUGGUGGGGAUCAUCUCAUCCCGAGACAUUGACUUCCUGAAAGAGGAGGAGCACGACUUGCCCCUCAGUGAGAUUAUGACAAAGCGGGAUGAUCUCGUUGUUGCCCCUGCAGGGGUAACAUUAAAGGAAGCAAAUGAAAUUCUGCAGAGAAGCAAAAAAGGCAAGCUGCCAAUUGUUAAUGAGGAGGAUGAGCUGGUGGCUAUAAUUGCCCGCACAGAUCUGAAGAAGAACCGUGAUUACCCGCUCGCAUCUAAAGAUGCUAAGAAGCAACUGCUCUGUGGCGCUGCCAUUGGAACCCAUGAAGAUGACAAGUACCGCCUGGACCUCCUAGUGCAGUCGGGGGUGGAUGUCGUCGUCUUGGAUUCCUCUCAGGGCAAUUCCAUUUUCCAGAUCAACAUGAUCAAGUAUAUCAAGGAGAAAUACCCUAACCUACAGGUCAUUGGAGGCAAUGUGGUGACGGCUGCUCAGGCGAAGAAUCUGAUUGAUGCAGGGGUCGAUGCUCUAAGGGUCGGGAUGGGCAGUGGCUCCAUCUGCAUCACACAAGAAGCUGCUCCACAGAUCCCUCCAGAACUAAAGUCCCACAGCCCCAAGUGCCCGUCUUCUGUCAUGGGCACCUAUAUCUUGGCCUGCGGCAGGCCCCAAGCCACAGCAGUGUACAAAGUGUCCGAGUAUGCCAGGAGAUUUGGGGUCCCGGUGAUCGCAGAUGGAGGGAUCCAAACCGUGGGACACGUUGCCAAGGCCCUGGCACUCGGUGCUUCCACAGUGAUGAUGGGCUCUCUCCUGGCUGCCACCACGGAAGCCCCUGGCGAGUACUUCUUCUCGGACGGAAUCAGGCUGAAGAAAUACCGGGGAAUGGGAUCGUUGGACGCCAUGGACAAGAACUUGGGCAGCCAGACGCGCUAUUUCAGUGAGACAGAUAAAAUUAAAGUGGCCCAGGGGGUCUCUGGUGCAGUGCAAGACAAAGGCUCUAUCCACAAGUUCAUCCCGUACCUGAUUGCUGGGAUCCAGCACUCCUGUCAGGAUAUCGGUGCCAAGAGUCUGACCCAAGUCAGAGCCAUGAUGUACUCGGGAGAACUGAAGUUUGAGAAGAGGACGACGUCUGCCCAGGUGGAAGGAGGAGUUCACGGCCUCCAUUCGUAUGAGAAGCGCCUCUUCUGAAGGAGGGUCCGUGCCUGUACUCAGCACCUUGCUGCUCUGCAGCCCUCAGCUGCCACGCACCUGAGCUGCUCCUUUCACAGAAGUGCCAUUAUCCUGCAAGCGCCUGCUGAUCCCUGGGCUCAGCAGCUGUUCUCCGGCCCUGUGCUCCCAAUGCCCCGGGGCAGCGGGGCUCAGGCCCAGCCCAUGUUUUACAAUAAAAGAAAAGCGGUGGGGCUCCGUGUCUGUCUCAGGCCUCCUCUCCCCAGGGUGCAGCCCUGGACUCCUGUCCCAUUGUU